AUGGCACUGUUGACAGAGCUCCCCCCAGAAAUCAUCCACAACGUCCUGCGGUUCGUGGACCCGCCGGAUCUAGCCUUGGUUGCACGUAUAUGUAGGGUCUUUCAUUAUUCGGUCAAAGGCAACCCGACUGUGUUUCGAGAUGUUUAUCUUGCGCACUACGACGCCCCAGCGAGUGUCGAUGAUGUCGAUUGGGAACGGGCCCUCAAAGACGUCGUGCGACUACAGGUUGUAUGCAGCCGGCAGGGUGCUGAUAAGAAGAAAGACGAAUUGUCCUUUGUCUAUGAGACCGUGAAUCAACUACUCCAGCGUGCUUCAUCCGAUGGCGAGCGGGCCGCGCCUUCCGCGACCUAUGGGCACUCGCGCAAUGCCGAAUUCCUCUCACAGUUGUUCGCCAACCCGGAGAACCAGAAGGUCUUUCUCGAGCAAUCGUUCUUGUACGAGCGCGCUCACUUCAAGCUGCCACAGCACGCGUCAUUUGCGGACCCGCCCAAGGCCGAGCAUCAGCAGAGCGCCAAGCUGCAUUGCCUGUAUGGCGUCCCCUUGCUGCACUCAACUCGAAGCGGGCACGGCUAUGCGACGCGGGCGACCAGUAAGAUGGGGCCUUUCGCCUGCUCCAAGGUCUACGAUUUGCGACAGUACACGGAGCGGACGAGGUGGGGACCUUUCAUGGAUGAUGGCUCGGACAGGACCGACUGGGAGAAGGUAGAGGCCAUCAUGCUUUGCUUGGGCUCAAACCUGGACAAGCUGGGCUUGAACAAGUUCCCCAUCUGCAGGCAGUUUUGGAGUGUCCCCUUCGCCGGUGUCUGGCCCGGCUCGUACAUGCGUUUACCCAUGCUAGGACCCGACAAGGCCAACCAAGAGGGAGACGAGGAACUCGACGACCCGUACGGCAUUACAGGGACCUGGCUGAGGGUUGUGUGUUUCCUCGACUACACGGACUUCUUCCACUUCAACUUUAACCCGGACGGUGACAUGCCGUCCAACGUCCCCCGCCGUGCCAUCAGCUACGGCGAAGCAACGCGCUUGAUCUUGAUGAAGAUCUCGGUAUCGGCCGUGGAACCCCCGGGUCCCGGUGAUGGUCAGGCCCUCCCCGUGGUGCACUUCAAGGGCGUUUCGAGGUCAUUGGAUGACAAUUGGGACGAGAAUGCCAACUCGGACAUGAGAGGGACCGUAAGGCUCACGCCGGAGGGUGAAGUCCGUUGGACGACAUGGUCAUUGUUCAACGGCCAGGAGCGCUGGCGGAGCGAGAGCGUCCAAGUAGGUGGUGUCAGAAGCGCCAAAGGUGUCCUUGGGAACUGGUUUGACAAGGAUUACGAUCCGCGGGGCCCAGCAGGGCCCACGGCUUUCUGGAAGAUCUCCGAUCAAGUGUCUCGUGGGGCCGAAAGAGAGCUCAUGACAGACAACCACGAUGGGAUAGACCUUCCAGAUGGUGAUUACUACCCCGAUGAAGAGGUCGAUGAUGACGAAGAUGGGGGGGAACCAGAGGAUGAGGAAGAUUCCGAGGAUGGGUUUGGAUUCGGAAACAUAGAGGACGUCGAAAUAGAGUUCGUCGCUGGGUCCGCAGCAGAAGUGGCGGAAAUCAUUGCGCGGUUGCAGCGGUAA